AUGUCAUCUUCAGAUCAUAAAACUUUAAGAUUAGGUUCAAUUGCACCAGAUUUCCAAGCAGAAACAAGUAAUGGACCAAUUUCAUUUCAUGAUUAUAUUGGUGAUUCAUGGGCUGUUUUAUUUUCACAUCCUGAUGAUUAUACACCAGUUUGUACUACUGAAUUAGGUGCUUUUGCAAAAUUAGAACCAGAAUUUGCUAAAAGAAAUGUUAAAUUAAUUGGUUUAAGUGCUAAUAAUACAGAUUCUCAUAAAGGUUGGAUUAAAGAUAUUGAUGAAGUUACUGGUUCAAAAUUAACUUUUCCAAUUAUUGCUGAUCCAGAAAGAAAAGUUGCUCAUUUAUACGAUAUGAUUGAUUAUCAAGAUGCUACUAAUGUUGAUGAUAAAGGUGUUCAAUUUACUAUUAGAUCAGUUUUUAUUAUUGAUCCAAAGAAAACAAUUAGAUUGAUUUUAUCUUAUCCAGCUCAAGGUAUGUUUUAAGUAUUGGAAAAUUGAUGAUAAUUUUGCGAAAAGCGCAAUUUUCGAGGUUUUUUUCAUGGAUAAAUUGCGUGUUGCCACCACACUACAAUUUUUUUUUGCAUUGUAAAAUUAUCGCCAAAUUUAACCAAAUCUUUUUAUGGAGAACAUUUACUAACCUAUAAACCAGUUGGUAGAAAUACUGCUGAAGUCUUGCGUACUAUUGACGCCCUUUUGACCGGGGAUAAGUACCGUGUCACAACACCAAUUAAUUGUGCGUAGAAAAAACUAACUUUAUUUUGUUUUUUAAAAGAAUACUAACUUUUGUUUUUUUUAGGGGUUCCAGGAGAUGAUGUUAUCGUUCAUCCAUCAGUUUCAAAUGAAGAAGCUAAAACUUUGUUCCCAAAAUUCAGAAUUAUCAAACCAUACUUAAGAUUAACUCCAUUAGAUGUUAAACAAGAAUAA